CAACAAUUUGUUUUUGCUGUGUUUUAUAUGUGAUCUUUGCAGUGACAUUCAUCUGAAAAUAAAGUGAAACAUAUCACACUUUGUUCUAAUUUGUCUAUUGAUUAGAUUAGAGUUAGCGGUAGGCUAUUGCUUUGUUUUUCUAUAAAUAUUUUUUUCAGUAACAUUUGAAUUUGUCAGCUGACAACUUUUGAGUUCAAAAAAAUCUUCCUCCGCAAAAAUAAUAAUAAUAAUAAUUUUAAAAUUACAGUUAAUUUUAAAUUUACAUUUAAGAAAUUGCAGUGAUGGGCAGAUAUUUACUGUAAAAAGUGUUUUUAUUUUGGUGCCUGCAUUUACACUUAACUGUAGGCCUAUAUGUCACAUUAAUUUAAUAUAUCUUUAUACUGCUUAAUUAUGAUUUGUACCUUAAAAUAUAAUAUAACCUUGGCUUGUCCUUGAUAAUAAAAGUACAGGUGGUACAGGCCGCAUGGGCUAGGCUAUAUACAUUUCAAAAUUGCUUUCUAUGAACUGUGGGUUAUAAACAUGUAGGCUAGACAGUGCACACUUACAUAAAGACAAAACACUAUCAAGAUAACAAACAUAGAUUACAAUAAUAAUAAGAAACAACUAGAAUGAAACGCCAUUUUACUGUUUUUCAUCUUAUAUUAUAAUUCAGUUCUUACAAAAACAUGUAGGCUACACAAUAACGAGUAGGCUAGCUAUUGUCUUGUUGGGUAUAAUACAGAUUUGCAAAAUUAUUCUUAUUAAUUUUCUUAUUAAUUAUUCUUAAAAUUAUUUUUUGCAAAAUCAUUGCAAACUAUUUGAUCAUUCAUACGUUUUACUCAAAACAAAUUGUGCAUCAAGUUCUAGCUACAUUCUACAAUUAGGCUAAGUAAUUACAUAAAAACAUUAUUGUCUGUUAAAUUGUCUCGCCUAACUUAAACUUACUGUUAAAAGAGAACGUUUUCUUUAAUAUUUUUUAUUUUUAUUUUAUUACUUUUAAAACUAUGAAUAUUUUGCAGCGUUGCCUGUCUUCUUUCCUUACUAUAAUUCCCGCACUUCCGUUUACUAGUGAGCGUUUAGUCACCACGGCAACCGUAACACAUCCUCACAUGGCUGGUUACCAAUGGCUAGAACAGAAAGCUCGCUAAUGACUGAAGAACUUGACGAAGAGGUUUUAGACAGUCUUGCAGAAAUCGAAAAACUGUAUACAGUGUUUGAUGGAGCGUCGCAAGAAGAUGUGUCAUAUGCGAAGGUUUUCUGGAACUCCCUUUCCUUACAGCCUCCAAUAGAGUCUCGUCUCGUUUCUGCUGACAUCAGGCAGCGGUUAAAAGUUGCGAAGACCCCGCACUCCACAGAUGCUGCCUCAAAGCAAGAGUCAUGGUCAAAGAGGGAUGAUGAAAUCCAGCAGGAUGUUUAUAUGAAGCAAAAGCAAGAGGAGAGACAGAAAUACAUGGAGAUGGCCAAGAAACGAGACCAGAUUAUUGCCCUUCUGAAAAAGCAGAGGAAUGAGCGAAUUAAGAAGGAGAUGAUUUCCUACCAACACAAACAAAGAAAAGGCAACCCAGUAGAAAAAAGAUUGGCUCCAAAGACACUUUCAUCACCAGCGGAUGAGGACCAGAAAGAAGUUCAGAAGCUCCAGUAAACAUAUUGAUGAAAUUAAACACCAUGGACACCAUAAUGUGUCUUUUUACCAUAGUAGACAAAAGAAAUGCACCUGGAGCAUAUGUGUAGGCUAUAUCAUAUAAGAUGUUUUGUUUUUAGGCUACUUGUAAACUGUUAUGUAAUUUGUUCAUAUCUAUACAAAUAAAAGCCCCUGGAGUGUUA